GCGUCGACAAUGGCGAAGAAGAGCUAUGACCUGUUGUUCAAACUUUUGCUGAUUGGAGAUUCCGGUGUUGGGAAGACUUGCAUACUCUUUAGAUUUUCAGAUGAUGCGUUCAACCACACGUUUAUUUCGACGAUAGGAAUCGACUUUAAGAUAAAAACGAUUGAACUUCGAGGGAAGAAAAUCAAACUACAGAUAUGGGACACGGCCGGCCAGGAACGAUUCCACACCAUCACCACGUCCUACUACCGGGGCGCCAUGGGCAUCAUGCUCGUGUACGACAUCACCAACCCGAAGAGUUUCGACAACAUCGCCAAGUGGUUGCGGAACAUUGACGACCAUGCGAACGAAGACGUAGAGAAGAUGAUAUUGGGGAACAAAUGCGACAUCGAAGACAAGAGGAUGAUCACGAAGGAGCGGGGCGAAUCGAUCGCGCGCGAGCACGGCAUCCGCUUCCUGGAGACGUCGGCCAAGGCCAACAUCAACAUCGAGCGCGCGUUCCUGGAGCUGGCCGAUGCCAUCCUGGCCAAGUCGCCCGGCCGUGACAACGUGGAGAUCCCCGACCGGUUCCCGCAGGAGAAACAGACUCACCACGCGGGCGGGAAGUGUUGCUGAGCCGGCGGACGUCCGCGAGCGAGCGAGCGAGCGAGCGAGAGCGUGCCGCCGCCCCUAGUCGACCCGCGCGCUCGGUCCGCGAGUGCAUUGUCUGUGAUGUGGGCGACGCCAGUGCCCCUGGCGGCCGCGGUCGGCACCGCCGGUGUUGGCGAGGGCCGCCAGAGCGGCGCCACCCGCCGUUCGAGAUUGUCCUGCUUGGUCGCGUUCCACUGCAAUAGUUGUCUGUUCGGGCGCUGCGUGGACGGCGCGUGCCGCCAUCGCGGAUCAUGGGACACUCCUGCUGCAGGAGCGAAAUCUAGCUUCUGGGCGGCGGCAGAGGGACGCGCAUCUCAGGAUCGGGCAUAGACUGUGCAUUUAAUGCCACGUGUACCGGACGGUAUCCCUGAGCAGCAUUCGUUGUAGGUAUUUGCUUUACGGUCGCUGGCGCGGUUCGUGCGCGCGCCGCGCCCGCCGCCGCCGCCGCCGCCGCUGGCCGCCCGCCGCUGCCGGCGGUCGAGUGUGCCUUAGCCCACGCAGGCCGGCUGGCUGGCCGGCAGUGUUCUCGCAGUCUGGCAUGACCCGACCCGACCUGGCCGAACCGGGCGCCGGCCGCCGCAGUCGCCCCGCUGGCGCAGAGCUACCCUCCUCGCCCUUUGCACAUUUUAAUCGCGACUGAUAUUAAGUUGUUUAUUUGGCUUCAUUACCUCGAAUGUAUAAAAUUCUAUAUGUUUAUGAAUACAUAUUUUUUCGAGCCUGA